AUGAAUAUUGCAAACCUUGGCUUAGCCUCGGGCCGCGGUUUUGUACUAUCAUUAGUCGGAUCUUCGAUAGCUUGUUGCUCUUCCUGUGCCUGCACUGAAGAUGUGGCAAUUGCUUUCUUUUGCGGUCUAGCUGGGGUGCUGCUAGAUCGAGUUUUCGACCUCGGCGGCGCUAAAGGCCUCGCAAGAUCGGGUGUUUUCGAGCAUGAAGGAACAUCUGCAGAAUUUGUCCUAGCUGAAACGUGA